AUGGAGGUCGUCAUGGACUGCCUCUCUUCUGCCGCUUCAUCAUUGCCAACAGCAUCACCUCACCCCACAACCUCCAAUGCUGUCUCCCUCCACCCUCCACCAAAUGGCAUUUCACUCUUGAAUACAAAAAACGAAAUCUUUCUCUCAUAUCUUCAAAAUGUUGUCUUUUUAUUUCUUCUCCAACUUCGCCAGCUGCCAGAUAAGCCCUCAAUGUCAAUGAACGAUCACAAGCUGCUUCAGAAAGACACUAUACAAAAGCUCACUGAGCUACAAAUCUAUCUCAAAAGAGGUGUCAGGCCUCUGGAAGCACAUUUGAAAUAUCAGAUCGACAAAGUUCUGAAAGCGGCAGAUGAUGCUGAAAGGACUCGGCACUUCACGAGAGCAACAAGGAAAAAGCAAAGCAGACAAGACUCCAAUAGCAAACAUGAGAAUUCAUCCACAGAGAGUGAUGCCGGCAGUGAAAGUGGCUCUGAAAGCAGUGGCCAUGAAGAUGAAGUCGACAAGCUUGCUUAUCGGCCAAAUCUUGCUGGGCUCUCAAAAGCAACUCAAGAAGCCGAGAACGGCAUUCCAUCAGCAUCGAAGUUGGGAGAUGGGAUCUAUCGACCCCCAAAAAUCAAGCCUACUGCUCUGCCUGCCAAGUCUCGCGGGCAUGGUAAAUCCCGCGUCAUCGAUGAGUUUGUUAGUGCUGAAAUGUCCACAGUACCAGUUGCAGAGCCUAGUAUCGGUAGUACGAUUAGGGCCAGGGGGAGAGAAGUGCGUACGCAGCGGGAGAGAGAGAUUGAAGGCGAGCGACGGGCGUAUGAGGAAACCAACUUUGUGCGACUGCCUAAGGAAAGCAAAAAGGAUCGGAGAGGAGGAAGAAAACAAGAUGGAUUUGGUGGUGAGGACUGGAGGAGUCUUGGAGAGAAUGCCGAUCGAAUUGGGCAGCUCACCAGCCAUGGUAGAGGCACGAGCAGGGCGUUAGAAAAAAGCAGGAAAAGACGGCUGACCAACGAUGGGCCACAGAGUCACAGCGUGGGAGAAAGCUUCGAAAAGCGGCGGAAGAAGGUUGCAGGGUGGAAGAAGUAA